ACGAGAAAUUCCUACCUCAAGCGCAAGUCGUCGAGAAACAGGACUGGUUCCCAAUACGGACACGAUAAGAAGCCAGGUCUCGGCCCAAGCUGCGCCGAGCUGAACAAGCCCCGAGCUCUGCGUUAACCGGCUUCGAUACCGGCACUGCGGUCGCCAAUCAGGAAGGGUGUUACAAGGGCGCAGAUACGGGACUUACAAGGACCCCAUCCUCCCACCCUCUUGUUGGAAAGCGGUCGGCAGUCCCUCCUCCCACAAUCCUUCCUCUGAGCACUUCGUCCUCCAACAACAACCAACAGCAUCACCACUUGUCUAAGCAAACAUCACGUACAAUGGCAGCCCGGCGGCAAUCGUUGUGGGCCCCUCCCAAGGAGGCCGAACCAGGCCUCUGGAACCCUGGAGCGCCGAAGCUCUGGUCGCCUAGAGAAAGGAGCCAGUCGACCAGCACAGUCUCCUCGGUCUUCUCAGCCUCCAACGCCGAUGGAAGGAUACGCUAUCCGGGCCGGCGCUUUGGGCAAAUCGUUAAGCUGAAGCCCGAGUACAUCGACAAGUACAAGGAGGUCCACGCUGCUAUAUGGCCCGAGGUUGCGAAGCAGAUCAAGGAGUGCAACAUUCAAGACUACAGCAUCUUCCACGACCCCGGCACAGGCAUCCUCUUUGCCAGCUUCAAGUAUGUCGGCUACGACUAUGAAGGCGAUAUGGGGAAAAUGCGCGAGAGCCCCAAGGUUCGGGAGUGGUGGAAGAUGACGGAUGGAUUCCAGGAGUCCAUGGUCCCGGGAGCAAAGAACAGCGAGUCGGGAGAGCCGUCGUGGUGGAAACCCGUCGAGGAGGUCUUUUACCAGGCAUGAGGACGUCUUGGGAGUUACUGUACUUUUCAUUCGCGGUUCUCUUGAUCGGUUUCUGUUUUCCAUCGGCGCAAAUCUAAUGGUACGAGCGGGUAUUCCCGCCUAUUCGACAUAUGCCCUUUGAAGGUGACAUGUGAAUCUGAUCAACGGAGUCGAGCUAUUAGUUGCGUCGGGAACAAAUACGGCCAAGAAGUUAAUUCCGGUAUGUAGACC